CCCGCCGCCUUCUCCCCCACGGGUCUGCACCCCGUGGUGAACGUGAGCCCCCUGCCCCCCGCCUUCAACGUCACCUCGCCGAUAAUCCAGCACCCAGGGGUGCCCUACCCUCCCAUCCACUACGCCCAGAUCCCUCCAGCCUCCCUGCAGCUCAUCGGCUCGCAUUACACGGUGCCCUAUGCUGUCCCUCCUGGCUUCCUGCCCAGCCCUCUCCUGUCUCCUUCCACCAGCCUGACGGCCUCUCUCCUCCCCCACUUUGUGCCAUACGCCUCUCUCUUCACGGAGGAAGCUGCCCCUUCCCCCCAGACUACCUCUCCUACCCACACCUUCAACAAAUCCGCUUCUGCAGUCUCUCCUUCUGGCCAGAUGCAGCACCACACUGGGACCCAGCCCUUAGAUAUUACACCAGGUAGAAUUCCUGUUUAUUAUCAGAUGUCCCACCUCCCACCUGGGUAUUCAGCAUACGAGGCACCUGCGGCAGGUAGAAGCCCAGAGUCUCCCCAGCAAGACAGCCAGCUGAGUUCAGAGGGAGCUGCUGCCAACGGUGGGCAGAGGCACCUGGAGCACAGUGUGGUGAGGAGGAGCAGCGAGGCUGCGGACGGUGCCAGCAGCAGGGCUGAGGACUGUCUGCCCGGGGCUGCGGCGGGAUGUGUGGCUGAUGGACAGCUCCUUUCAGGUUACCAGACGCUGGGAACAGAGGUCUCUGUGCCAGCUCACAGAAGCACCCCAGACGCUGAUCUGGAGGUUCAGAGGGUGGUGGGGGUGUUGGCGUCUCAGGAUUAUCAUGUUCUGGCAGCCCAGAGGAAAGAUGACCCGGGCCUUUUAAACCUUUGCCAUCACACCCCGGAUCAGCAGGGGGAGUCGAAGGAGGCGCUGAGGAACGCGGUAGAGAGGGCUGCUGCUCCUGAGAAAAGCCAGUCCAGGAGUCCAUAUGUCACCUCCCCUGAAGAGCUGGUCAGACAAAGACAGUUAACCAAAGGAAUGGUGAUAGCCAACGGCAAGCCAGUCCUGGUUCCUGUUGGAGCCGAGCCCAUCAGGUCUUCCGCUUCAGAAACCCUGGUGAGGCAGAACCCAGAGGCACAGGCUCGAGGAGUGCUGGAGAAGGACCUGGCCCAGCUGCAGCCACCCAGCUCCUCACACUUGCCCUCUCACUUCAUGAAAGGAGCCAUCAUCCAGCUGGCCACGGGAGAGCUGAAGCGGGUGGAGGACCUGCAGACCCAAGACUUUGUUCGCAGCGCGGAGGUGAGCGGGGGCCUGAAGAUCGACUCCAGCACCGUGGUGGACAUCCAGGAGAGCCAGUGGCCAGGGCUUGUCACACUGCAUUUUGUGGUUGGGGAGCAACAAAGCAAAGUGAGCAUUGAGGUGCCCCCGGAGCAUCCUUUCUUUGUGUAUGGCCAGGGCUGGUCCUCCUGCAGCCCCGGGCGGACCGCACAGCUCUUUGCUCUGCCCUGUCACCGGCUGCAGGUGGGCGACGUCUGCAUCUCCAUCAGUUUACAGAGCAUGAACGGCAGCUCCACGUCUCAGGCUUCCUGCCCCCUCGUGGAUCAGCUGGUGGUGACCAGGGAGAGGCCCGAGAGGACAGCUCAGGGGCCCUCAGAGCCGCCUGACAGGGCUGGUGGCAGGAAGAGCCAGGCAGCCAGGGAGGCGACAGAGCCCCCGCCCGAGGCUGGCAGCCAGCACAGCUGGGCAGCCACCGCCUUCCAAAGAUCGGGCGUGCGGGCGGAGGAGCCGCGGCCCUCCCUGCUCCGCCCCUCAUUCAUUCCCCAGGAGGUCAAGCUGUCGAUCGAAGGGCGUUCCAAUGCGGGGAAGUGA